GAGAAGUUAAACCAAAAGUUAGACAGUGACGGUGGCCAUGCAUUUACACAUAAUGCGUAAUUUCAUUUUUUUUCUGGCAAUAUGCAAACAACUUAUGUUUAUUUAUUUUCCUUUCCUUGCAUCAUAAUGGAGUAGACUUUUAAAACAAUGGAUAGCAUUGGGAAAGAGUGCAAGGAACUAAAAAGACAGUAUGAAGCUUGUUUUAACUCUUGGUACUCUGAAAAGUUUUUAAAAAACAAAAAUGGAGACAUAAGUGUGUGUGAUCCACUUUUUCACGAGUAUCGAAACUGUUUGAAGGGAGCUAUAAAGAAAAAUAAAAUCCCUUUGUGGGAGUUAGAUAGUGAAAUGUUUCAUGAGAAUGAAAAGAAAACAUCAAAUAGAGAGUCACCUUCAUAAUUUGUUGAAAAAAGAAGCACAUUUUAUUUAUAUUUUCUCAUUCCUGGUUAAUCACGGAUCAAAUAUUUAUCAAGAAGUCAUCUGCACAAUGCAGCACAGCAAAGAAGUUAUAAAUAUGGUGUAUUAUGUACAUCAGAACAACUAGAUUUGUGUACACGUUUGUAUGUUAUUUGCAUAAAGUAUUUUUAAUUUCAAUAA